UCUCUUGCCACCCCCCUUUCUCUUCGGCCAUGGGGUCUUAACUGAACUCGGAACUAACAAUUCCAAAAGGCAUCGCGACCUCAUCUGAUCCUCCACGCAUUGCACAGGAUACCCUUCCUUGUUCGAAAGUCACAAGGGGCGAAACAAGCCCCGGCAAACCCAGAAAUUGCUUCAGGCUGCCAUUCUCGCGAGCCCCAACCAAACGAGAAUCCAUCAUAUCUGCGACUCGAAGAGAACCGAGUCGCCUAUCUUUUUUUUUCUUUUUUUUUCUUCUUUCUUCUUUUCUGUUUUUCUGUGUAGAGCCGCGGCUAUCGGCUUGCUCCAAGAAAACACUUGAUGUUGGCCAGUGUUCCUCCUUAUUACGCCCACUAGAAAACAGAAUGUCGCCGCCACCGAGCGCAUCCUAGCUAUGACCUCUCGGACCCCGAUGGGCGUCCAGCCGCGACCGCCUCAGCGAACUUUGAGCAGCUCGGGCUUGACGGUCCAACGGCCUACGCAGCAGCGCGCCCUGUCCGCCCAGUACCUUCCCCAAUCGCCCGCCCGCAAGGAUAAUUUUAUCGACCUGACUACCGACGCCAACGAUGCUGCCGUGGCCCAGAACCGCUACGGGACCGCCCCCCGAAGGGGAGGUUCCCGCCUCAAGCUCGAGCUCUCCUCGAACAACGCGCUCGCCACUUCUUCCCAGCCUAUCCUGGCCGAGUCACCCCAGUCUCUCACGCCUUCACGGUCUCUGUCUGUCAGGAACGACUCCUCCAGCCUCACCGACAUGAACUCCCCGGCCUCGUCCAAGUCCCAGCCCAUCGACAUCGAGAACCUCCCGAUGCCUAUGCCGAAACGUCGCCCCAGGUUCGUCGUACCCGCUGCGCCCCAGGUACCCCCGACCACAACGGCCGCCACAGCCCCGACUCCUAAAAAGGACGCUCGGCCGAAGCCCUAUACCAUGGAGGUUCCGCCCGCCGCUCCCCGGUACCUGUCCUUGCACCGACCGAAAUCUGACGCGACCAAGGCGGCAUAUGGAGGUGGACUCUCCGCCACCAAGGACACGCGUGAAGGGGGAGCGGCCGACUUUUUCCCCUGGAAGGGGAACCACCCUGAAGACCGGCUCUCCGAUUCUGUCAUCAAGCAGGGCUACUUCGAUAAGGCACCUGUUUCCCAGGCCGAGACCACGUCCGCGAAGAGCGCCAUCUUCCCGGCCUUGAAGAACAAGAACGGCCUCAACUUGCUGUCGAGCAUUUUCGUACACGUCAUGAACCAGCGCAAGUAUAACGGACAGAUCACCACCCCGUCUACCUUUAAACCACCGCCCCGCGUCACCCUGACCGAUACUAAGAGGGAGAUUUGGAUGCGCGACCUGGCCAAUCCGGCCAUAUCUCUCCGUCGCCUCAGCCGCACCAUUCCCCACGGAAUUCGAGGGAAAGGCCUCCUCGACCAUUGUUUGAACAAGAAGGUCCCCACUGAGCGAGCCGUCUGGCUCGUCCGCUGCGUGGGCGCCAAUGAUCUUAGGACCGUCAAGCGGAAAGGGGUCAAUGGCGCCGUCGUCACCGGUGGCGAGAUGAAAUGGCUUCGGGACUGGACCUUCUUCGUAGAACAAUUUGUUGAGAGUGUUGUCGCCGCGUUUGGGGACCCGGACUGGAAAGCCAAGGUUCAAUAUGCCAUCCGACUCGCCACUCAUCUAUACGCCGAACACCUUGUGGAUCAGGAUCAUUACAUGGACUGGCUCGUAUCGGGUCUCGAGAAUAGCACCCAUGCCAGGUUGCCCAUGUGGAUAUUGAUCACUCAAAUCUACUGGAAGGACCUGCUCCAACUGCGGAAAUACGGCCGCCGACUAGCCACCGCUCUCUUGAAUCACCUUAACACUAUACAUAACGAUCCCGAUCGCGACAUCCUCGCUUCGUUGUCCACGAAGCUCUCAUCCUUAGUGAUCCCUCUCAUCUCAUCUUAUCCCCAUAACUUCUUAUCCCCCGCUGCGUGGCUCAAAUGUCGGGACGUCCUAUUCGCAUCUCUCCCUAUCGACAGUGAUGCAGCCCAAACCGCCUACAAAAACUUGAACUUACGAAAUGAGAGGCUGGUGGCAUCGACAAGCAAGUCGGAACCGGCGAAAAGACAAAUACUGAUCAAGCACCUGGACUCGACCUACCACUCCUUUCACGCGCCAGAACUUGCCGCCACUUGUUGGGCUGUCGGCGAAGACAAAGCCAUGGUCGUGCGGACGGUUCUCGAGUGGUCGACCUCUUUCCACCGACCGGGCUUGGCCAAGGUCUAUGUGGCUGCGAAUCUACUACGUACAUGGGCCGCUCUCGAUUUGGACGUCACCUCGUCUGUCCUCGACUUCCUCGAUACAGCUCCUCCCCAGGCAUCGUGUUCAAAGCGGCUCUUCUACCAGCUCGUUGGCGAGUUGGUCCGGAGUAGCGUCUUCAACGUCCAUCGUUAUGUCGUUUGGACUAUGACUCGCGGGAUCUUAAGGCAAGCGUCCGAUACAGAACCCGACGCGUCCUGCCCCUCUCGCUUACUAGUCGACCUCCCGCUACAUGCCCUGAACUCUCAGUCGAGACGAACACGCGCAGACCUGCUGCGCCGCGCCGGAUAUGACGUGGCCGGAGAGGCAGACGAUAUAGGGGCCGCCUUGAAGCAUAUUCAGCACGCAAUUGGGAUACCCCUAGAUCCGCAAGAUCCCUUGGCACAGCGAAAACCUCUAGCCUUGGGCAAAAUUUGUCGCGCUGUCAGCAACAGUAGCCGAGCAUUGCAAGCCGAGGUUGGGGCGAGGAUGGCCCAGCUGUCGAGUUCCAAUCACGUCAGUUUUCACAUGUCUCUGGCCGCCUUCAACGCCAUCCGCUCUAUUCUCGAGGCCGCCCAGGAUUUCGCGAUGUUGGCCACAGUUGUAAAAUCAACGAUCGGGAGAGCUUCUGACCCUGACUUAUUGGCCUCCUGUGCGGACACGGUUAACUUGCAUCUCCCUGUUUUUCUGGCCCUGGGCGUGGCAAGGGACUUGUGCGACCUCCUUGUGGGAAAGAUGCGCCUGUUGGCCAGCGACGACCAUGCCAUUCCUCCUCGCGUUAUUCUAAUGUCUCUGGUGAACUUGACGGCGAGGAUUCCGGGAUUUUCGAGCACCGCUGUUCAGUUGCGCCAAGAGCUCCAACAACGAGAUCGCGGGAUAGCGAUCGAUGCCUGCUCUCCGGUGUCCGAUACGACGGCCGCCGCCCGGCUGCAGGAUUCGGAAGGCGAGCUGCACGACGAGAUCGAGAAGCUUCUGUCAAGCGGCACUAGCGUUGACCGACCGACUAUGGAUCGACUUUUCCACACGGUCGUCAGCCGGCUUGAGAGGUGCUGGGGAAAAGAUGUCGACAAAACUCGCGCCUACAGUACGCUGCUUGCGAGACUCCGGGUCUUCGAUCCCUCCCACUUCGACGUGCGCAUGACGGACUGGGUACAUCAUGUUAGCACGCUGCGGUCUCGACCGGUGCUUGCAGACAUAUACCCGUUCCUCAUUAGCUUGGGCUGCUUAUCGUUCUCCAUACUUAUCACUACCACCUCAGUUGAUGCGAACAAGCUGGUGGGAAGCACCGCACGACAAACCGGCUGCACCUCGACGUACAUGCAGGAGGCACUGCUGUUAGCCAUGAAUCCUCUAUCUCCCAAGGCUCCGAUGACGCCGGAGGAGGCGUACCGGUUCUAUAUUCAGCAAGGGGCUGUGCCGCAACAGCACCCGAAAGAAGUGACUGUGCUGGUCAGGAAUGCUCUGAUCGAGUACUCAUUACUGCUCCAGCCAAACGCAGAGACAUCUUCUCAGCGCCUCCUGGCCGACCCGAAAGUCCAGGACCGGCUUCUCGACUUGCUUCGACUGCUCGUCUUGAGCGACUCUCCUGCUACGGCGCAGAUUCUCGGCGCCAAAGUGGCGGACGCUCCCCACAGCAGCCUGCUCGCCAACAUUACGACCAGGCUUCUCGCCGGGGGUCAAGACCCGGAUGCCCCAAUGAGCUUCGAGACGGUUCUGGAGAUGGCGAACGAUUUUUCACUUCCUUUUUGCCAGCUCAAACUAUCCAUCGGACUGACAUCGAACAAGGCGACAGGGGGGAACGGCGAGAAUCAGGCACCGUCUCGCAUCGACAUGCUCUCCAAAGCCUUGGAUCAAGCGGUCGACACCAAGAACAUGAUGUGGACGAGUGUGCUCCCUUACCUCAGCGAGGAAAUCACCGAACAUCUCCGGAGACAAGCCCAGGCGCGCUUUCUUUCCCUGUUCCCUUCUCCCAGGACGCCAUCUUCGUCGGACACGGCUCCAACCUCAACGUCGGGUCCCGAUGUCCUGUCGACGGAGACGGUUCGCCUUUCGGAAAGUUUUCUGUCCGUGGUAGAGUCGAUCAUCCGUGGUCGACCUGCGCUGAGGGUGUCGCUUCUCAAUCACCCCAUGGUGGAGAAGCUAACAGAGCUUUGGGAGCUGCUGUUCACAGGUGGCGAAAACAGAGAGCUCCGAGCGGCGAUUCUCUGCCAUUGGCUCCCUGCGCUGGUCAAGUUCAUUGCGCUGCAUACGGCGACAAACGAGUCGGCACCAGCAGCUAAUUCGACUGCCGCUUCUAACGCCGCCAACAAUGCCAAUACGGUAAAACCACCGACGACCGCGCCCGCUAGCGAUGUGCGGGCGCGCAUGGUCGUGGCUCUCGCGGGCGUGACGCUCGAACUCGACAACCUGAGUGCCGAAGAAGACCCGAAGACAGAAGGCCUUCGCGAGUCCGUUCUCGACUUGGCCCUCGUCCUAGUCGACAACCUACCCGAAGAAGGCCGGCAAAAAUGCAUCCGGGCCGUGCUGACCGGUGGAAGUCUGCAGAGCCCGGUGACGUCGGAUGCGCGGCUGCGGUACCUCUUCAGUUACACGCGACGUUGGAUGGAGCAGUUUGUGCUGGCUCAUCGCCUACCGUCCAGCGGCGGCGGCACGGGGACGACGCAGGUGGCUACCCGGCCCAAAGUGCCGAUUAGUCUUCAAGGCUCGGAGAAGCUGACGCCAUACGUGUUUCGACGGUGGGAAAUGCUCAGCGAGCCAACGCCGAUUGUUGGCGAGAACGACACGGCGCUCAGCCUGUCGUUGUUCGAGGCCAUCAAACUGCAAUGAUGAAGUGAUUAUGGGGGGGAAACAUCAUCUCAUACAACUACCCUUUGGCUGUAAGAUGAGUGUAGAAGAGCAGGAAGAGAGCAACCCAUUGAGUACCUCACGAGCGGCGGAAAGCGGCAUUAUGAUUUAGGAAGCGAUGGAUGCAUGCGGUAGUGGUAUUCGGCAAGGGACUUUUGUCGAUCCGGGCCUCCUCUUCAAGGCAAUUUUAUCAGGGGGGAGGGGGAUAGACCAUGUUUACAGGGUUUCGGCGUAAUAUAUUUGUAACUACUCGAUGACGACAGGCUUCUCGCCCUACAUUUUUUUCUACGGCGUGGGUAUGGGUUUCGCGGGAAACAUUUCACGAGGAUUCCCAAAAUACGAUCACGAUGGCUCUUUUUCACGGCUUCACACUAGACACAACGAAACCUCGACAUGGCACCAUACGAUUGAACGACGGUGCACCUCCAGACGGGAAUACAUACUUGAUCGAUGAGGACGCCU